AUGCAGGAAGCAGUCCUUCUUCUGGCUCUCCUGGGUGCCACAUCAGGGGGAGAGGGACUAUACCUUAUUCACUUACCUGCUACAAGUAACGUGGCAGAGAAUUCUCCACCUGAGACCUCAGUGCACAAGUUUUCUGUGAAAUUAUCAGCAUCACUGUCACCUGUAAUCCCAGGAUUUCCCCUGAUAAUCAACUCCAGUCCCCUCACUGAAGUCUUCAGGGUCAGAUGGCUGUCAGGCAUCGACUUUGAGGUUGUCACCACUGGGAAGCAACAACUAGAUUUUGAAACAGGACCGAACAUAUUUGAUUUGCAGAUUUAUGUUAAGGAUUACGUUGGUGUCACGGACCUACAGGUUCUAACUGUCCAGGUAACAGAUGUGAAUGAGCCGCCUCAGUUCCUAGGCAACUUGGCAAAAGGUCUAGACCUCUACAUAGUGGAAGGAACAAACCCUGGAUUCAUUUACCAGGUUGAGGCCUUUGAUCCAGAAGACACAAGUCAAAAUAUACUCCUCAGUUAUUUCCUGAUUUCUUCCUCAGACAGCUUCAGAAUGUCUGCGAAUGGGACCCUCUUCUCCACAACAGAAUUUGACUUUGAGGAAGGACAUAACAGCUACCAUCUCGUUGUGGAAGUGAGAGAUAGCCAAGGGCUCAGAGCCGCCACAUCGCUGCAGGUGAACAUUGUGAACAUCAACGAUGAACUUCCUCGCUUUACCAGUCUAUCGCGAGAGUAUGUGAUUCUGGAGGAGCUGGCUCCAGGAACCGUCGUGGCCAAUAUCACAGCUGAGGACCCUGAUGAUCCUGGCUUUACCAGUUUCCUCCUCUACAGCAUCACUACUCUCAACAGCUAUUUCAUGAUAAAUCAGUUGACUGGUACCAUCCAAGUGGCCCGCAGGCUAGACCGAGAUGCAGGUGAAUUAAGACAGAAUCCUGUCAUUUCUCUGGAAGUUCUGGUGAAGGACAGACCUUUUGGGGGUCAGGAAAAUCGCAUGCAGAUAACCUUCCUGGUGGAAGACAUUAAUGACAACCCUGCUACUUGCACCAAGUUCACCUUCAGCAUUAUGGUGCCUGAAAGAGCAGCCAAGAGGACGUUGCUUCUGGACCUGAACACAGUCUGCUUUGAUGAUGACAGCGAAGCACCAAACAGCCAAUUCAACUUCACCACACCCUCUGCAGUGGGGAGCCGUGGCAGAUUUUUACAGGAUCCAGCUGGCUCUGGGAAAAUUGUGUUGAUUGGUGAUCUAGAUUAUGAAAAUCCAAGUAAUCUAGCAGCCGGCAAUAAAUACACUGUGACAAUCCAGGUGCAGGAUGUUGCUCACCCUUACUAUAAAAAUAACAUCUAUAUUUAUAUCCUAACAAGCCCAGAAAAUGAGUUUCCUCUUGUCUUUGAUCAGCCGUCCUAUAAAUUUGACAUAUCAGAAAUAAGGCCAGCUGGAACCCUGUUUGGAAGGGUGCGAGCCACGGACAACGACUUCCCCCAGAGCAGCAUUGUGUACUCCAUCUCUACCGGAGGGGCCAGCCUCCAGUACACAAACAUAUUUUGGAUUAAUCCCAAAACGGGAGAACUCAAGCUGGUGACUAAAGUGGACUAUGAAACAACCCCCAUCUAUACUCUCAGAAUCCAGGCCACCAACAAUGAGGACACAAACGCAGUCAAUGUUACUAUUAAUAUCCUGGAAGAAAAUGAUGAAAAGCCAAUUUGCAUCCCAAACUCUUAUUUCCUGGCCAUCCCAGUGGAUCUGAAAGUUGGCACAAAUAUUCAAAAUUUCAAGCUGAUGUGUACUGAUCGUGAUUCCAGCCCCAGGUCCUUUCGUUACUCCAUUGGCCCAGGCAAUGUCAACAGUCAUUUCACCUUUUCUCCCAAUGCUGGCUCCAACGUUACACGGCUGCUCCUUGCGACCCACUUUGACUAUACUGGUGGGCUUGAUAAGAUCUGGGACUACAGACUACUUGUCUACAUAACUGAUGACAACUUGCUGUCUGGCAGGAAGAAAGCUGAGGCUCUGGUUGAAACAGGAACUGUGACACUGAGUAUUAGUGUCAUUCCUCACCCAACCACGAUUGUCGCCAUGACCACCAGGCCCAGGGUCACCCACCAGAUCCUGAGGAAAAACGUUUAUUCUCCAUCAGCGUGGUACGUGUCUUUUGUCAUUACUUUGGGCUCCAUAUUGCUUCUGAUUUUCCUGGUGACUCUGAUGGUCCAGUUGGCCAAAGCCAUCCACAGACACUGUCCCUGCAAGACUGGGAAGCACAAGAAACCUCUGGUGAAGAAAGGAGAAGUGAAGAAUACAGAGGGAGAAGUUGCGGUAAGUACGGAAACAAUCCAGAUGAGUACAGUCUUUGAUGGUGAAGUCAUAGACCCAGUCACUGGGGCAAAAUAUGAAUUCAACUCUAAAAGUGGAGCCAGAAAGUGGAAGGAUCCCUUAAUGCAAAUGCCAAAGUGGAAAGGGUCCAGCCCCCAGGGAGCCGCCCCUACCAGAGCUCUGUCUGCCGAAGAGACUGGGCCACCGAGGAGCACUGACAAGGAGGGAAAUGGGCUGCGUGGCACUGCACAGGCUGAGGAUGCAGGCCCAGGGUCCAGGCCCCAGGAUGGCAAGCCAGGUGCCCCGAAGAACAGAGACCCAGCCCUCACAAGCAGGGCUUCUCACAAACCACACCCAGCAGAGUAAACAGUGUCUGCUUGCAGGCCCCACGGAAGAGCACCAGGGAGGAACCUUGACUGCCUGUGGGAUGCUGCCUCACCCUAAAUUUUCUGA